CCGGGAAACCACGUGCGUGAUGGCGGUCGUGCUCCUGUUCUUCGUGAUACCCCACAACGCAAGGGUGAACCCGUUCGGGGACUUGUUCCUCGAAUGGAACGUGGUGAACAGGAAGAUACCAUUCAACGUGCUCCUCACCUACGGAGGCGGGCUCUGCAUGGCGAAAGCCAUUCAGAAGUCCGGCAUGGGGGCGUGGCUGUCCGGUCUGAUGAUGGCAAUGCGCUCCUGGAACCCCAUCGUGGUUCAGGCGGUGCUCAUGGUCGUUACCACCCUGGUCACGGAGGUGAACAACGACGCGGCCACCGCCAGCGUCCUUAUACCCAUCGCCUGCGACCUGGCCGAGUCGUCUCGCGUGAACCCGCUGUACUACAGCUUCCCGGUAAGCGUGGCCUGCUCGACGGGGCUCCUUCUGCCGGUCGCCUCCGUGCCCAUGGCCCUGGCGCACGAGGCACUCCUCGGCUACGAAGCCAGCAAGAUGUUUGUGCCCGUGGUCAUCAUCAAGAGCGUCACGGUGCUGGCCAUCUUCGUCUCGGUUCACACCACCGGAGGCUAUUACUACGGCUUCAACAUUUACCCAGAAUGGGCGAACAAAAGCUCCAAUAAUACAAAUCCAAUCCAAUAA